UGCUGUUAGUACUGCACUGAAGCUAGCAGGCAGGGAGUAGUUAUUUGUAGUUUUAUUUAUUAUUUUAUUAAUCUCCCUAAUAUAUGUUCAGCUUUUUACCCGGUGUCCCUUAACACAGUGUCCUUUUUGCAUUAACUGAACCUGCCUAAUGAGCGAGUUUAACCAUGGCCCUAGUUAAUAAAUCCCAACUGAGGACUUCUGCACGUUUACUAAAUGUGAAUUUUCCACUCCAUGUUUUGUUGCUGUUGACGGCAACUAAGGUCAAGGCACAGAGUUUCGACAACAGUGGGCUAUCCUACGGACUACAAAGUGGACCCGGUGAAGACUCGAUCUUGGUGGCCAACAAUGGAAUACGAGUGCCCUUUGGCAGGUCCGUUUUCAUUGACCCAGUCAAUGAUCUGCUGGUGCAGGUACAACCUGGUGACCGAUGUCACAUCACUGUUUUGGAGAACGACCCCCUUUCUCAAAAGCCGGGUCAGCUUACUCCUAAAAAGUUUCCAUGCGAGUUUGCAGCCAACGAGGUAAAGUAUUCCCACUUGGGAUCCCGGAGCCCUUCCAAGGACAGGGUGAAGCUACAGUUAAGGUACGAUACUGAAACGGACACCAUUGUUAUCCCAUUCAUGAUGGAAGUGGAAGUUGUUUUCACUCAGCUAGAAAUAGUGACCAGAAACAUGCCACUUACCGUAGAAAAGCUGAUGGGCACCAGCAACGCAAUCGACAGGAAAAUUUUGGAAUUUUCUUACGAUAGAGCAACAGAAAUGUGCACAAUUGCAACUCUUGCAGGUGUUGGCAGACUACCUCGGUACGGAAAGCUCUUCCCCGAAAGACAUGCCGGUCGUCAAAUGGUAAACUGUGAGGAGUUCUUAAAUUUAAACAUAAGGUACCUGCAUACAGCUACCACAAAGUCUCCCAACAGGGACUAUGUGCCCAUGGUGACGGAACUCUACGAUAAAGAAGGCAAUCUCCUCAAACAGGAAUAUUUUCAGAUCAUGGUUCGAAUCCGAGAGGGAGCCGAGAAUAGUCCACCCAAACCGAGUUUCGAGGCCAUGAUGAUGAUGGAAGUUAACCAGUUUGUUAUGACAGCUAUCACGCCUGAAAUGCUGGCAGCAGAGGAUACCGAAUCGGACCCAGAAGAAUUAAUUUUCAACAUCACAUCUACUCCUUCUGAUGAGUACGGUUACAUAGUUAGUACGGACGACCAAAACCUGCCCAUCUCUUCUUUUUACCAAGGGGAUCUCAAGGAUUUAAAAAUAGCAUACAAACCUCCUUCAUCAGAUUCAAACAAGGAAAGACUAUUCCAGAUAGAAUUUGAAGUGGUUGAUACGGAAGGGUCUGUUUCUGAGCCAUUUACAUUCAUGAUAGUGGUAAAACCAAUGAAUACGCUGGCACCUGUAGUGACCCGUAACACUGGGCAGUUACUUUAUGAAGGGCAGUCCAGACCUCUCAUUAGCUUUAGAAACCUCGAAAUCAGUGACGAAGACAACCUUAAAGAUGUGCAAGUGUCCGUUAUUGAUGGGUUACGGCAUGGGGAACUUACGGUGUUGGGGUCCAGAAGGAAAUUCUUCACACCAGCUGACCUGGACGCAGGUUUGGUAAUUUAUAAGCAUGAUGGUAGUGAUACAUACAGUGAUAAUAUUAUCUUCAGGAUGACUGAUGGGAAACAUGAAGUUGAGUUCCUUUUUCCCAUCACUGUUGUGCCCACAGAUGAUGAGCCCCCCAUACUAAACGCUAACACUGGACUCGUGCUGUCCGAGAAGGACAUGAAGCCCAUCACCCCUUCAAUGCUGAGUGCAACGGAUAUAGACUCAGAAGACACAACCAUCAAGUUCACGCUUGAGCCACCCUUUUCCACUAUCGGGCAGUUGGUGCUCCGCCAGGUUGACGUUCCAGAGGACUUGUCUUCUUGGAGAUUCAUAGAAAGUGAUACGACGUACGAAAAAGUGGUAACGGAGUGGCUGCAGAAAGACAUUACCGACAACAAGUUGUUUUACAGACACACUGGACCUCACAGCACUACAACUGUAAUGGACCAGUUUUUCUUCCGAGUUCAGGAUGACAAUGACCCACCAAACCAGUCAGGCGAGCAUACAUUUAUUAUUAAAGUUUUACCAGUGGACGAUUUGCCUCCAGAACUGUAUGAGGGUACCACGUUGCAAAUGCAAGUCCACGAAUAUCAGCUGACACAUUUUAGGAGGAAGUGUCUGCGUUAUACCGAUUUGGAUUCCGAUGACAGAGACUUGAAGUACACAGUUGUUAUGCCUCCAACAAAUACUGACGAGAACAGUCCUGUGGAAAUGGGACACAUAGUUUUAAGUGAAAGUCCUGAUAUAGUAGUAACAGAAUUCACCCAAGCUCAGAUCAACCAUCAUAAAAUUGCAUAUAAGCCUCCAGACUUAGAGCUUGGCAUCACCCCUCGUGUGAUUCAGUUCCAAUAUACAGUAGAAGACACUUCCGGAAACAGUAACCAAGGUACAUUUACAAUUUUUUUGCAGCCUGUUGACAACAAACCACCUGAAAUCAGCAACACUGGGUUUACAGUGUUUGAAAGAGGAACCCAUGUCAUUCAAAGUACUGAGCUAAAUGCCACAGAUGCAGACACUGGAAACAAACACAUAUCAUUCACCCUUUCUCAACUGCCUGAACAUGGACAUUUGCUGUAUUCUAAUGUGAUUAUGACAUUGGGAGAGCCCUUCAAUUUGGAUGAUAUUGCUAAUGGCCGAAUUGCUUAUGUUCAUAAUGGAGAUGAAUCCACCACUGACAUUUUAAGUCUGGAUGUAAGUGAUGAGGUACAUAUUGUUACUGUGACCAUAAAAAUUACAGUCCGCUUGGUAGAUGAUGAAGUUCCCACUGUUAUGCUACAACCUGGUACAAUUGGCUCGCAUUUAGAUGUGUUAGAAAAUAGUGUCACUGAAAUCACAACAAACAUCAUCCGAGGUACAGAUGAGGAUACAGAUGAUCUUAUGCUGACUUUUAUUGUUGAGGACCCUCCAUUACUCGGACAGAUCUUGGUCAAUGGUAACCCUUCUGAAAGAUUUACACAAAGAGACAUCAUUGAUGGUGCAGUUGUUUACUCCCACAUUAGUGGUGAAAUUGGCCUAGAAAAAAAGGAGGACUCCUUCAACUUGACUCUGUCUGAUUUGUCAGAUGAGUGGACCAUUGGAGGUAACAUUGUCCAGGGUGUUACAAUACAGGUGACUAUUCUUCCAGUUGAUAACAAAGCCCCAGAUGUCACAGUAGGAAGCCAGUUUACAGUGGUUGAGGGUGAAAAAAAUGUUAUCACACUGUCACAUCUUUCCACUGAAGACAUUGACACACCUAGUGAUGAUAUUCUUUGCACCAUCGUGGUUCAGCCUACAUCUGGGUAUGUGGAGAACAUCUCCCCAGCACCAGGAUCUGAGAAAUCACGUGCAGGUACAGCUAUCAGUGCUUUUAUCAUGAAAGACAUUCGAGUAGGACACAUUUACUAUGUUCAAAGUAUUCAUAAGGGGGUAGAACCAGUGGAGGACAGGUUUACAUUUAGAUGUUCUGAUGGUGUUAACUUUGCCCAGAGUCAUUUCUUCCCGAUUGUCAUUAUUCCAGCCAAUGACGAAAAACCAGAAAUAUAUUUGAGAGAAUUUAUUGUUAAUGAAGGCAUGAGCCUUGUGAUAGAUAUUCCAAUUCUAAAUGCUGCAGAUGCUGAUAUACCAGUGGACGAUCUUGUUUUUAUUAUUACUGAGCCCCCCAAACACGGUCAGAUUGUAAAUCAGUUGACAAAUGGAGUUGUUCCUGUGCUUAAUUUUACCCUGGAUGACAUCAAGGAGAGUUCCAGCAUUAUAUAUGAGCACGAUAAUUCUGAAACCAAAGAAGACAGCUUUCGCAUUAAACUUACAGAUGGUAAACACGCUGUAGAGAAAACAGUUCUUAUAAUGGUAAUUCCUGUGGAUGAUGAAACACCAAGAAUGACAAUCAAUGAUGGCCUGGAAAUAGAAAUAGGUGAUACUAAAGUUGUCAGUAACAAUAUUCUCAAAGCAACAGAUCUUGAUUCAGAUGAUAAAAGUCUGACAUACAUUAUUCGUUUUGGACCAGGUCAAGGUCUUCUGCAGAGGAGGAGGCCUUCUGGCGAGGCUGGGAAUAUCACGCUGGGAAUGAACUUUACACAGGAUGAAAUAGACAGAAAUUUCAUCCAGUAUGUCCAUACUGGCCAGGAAGGCAUUCGAGAUCUUAUUAAGUUUGACGUUACAGAUGGACUCAAUCCUCUUAUUGAUCGAUACUUUUAUGUUACUAUUGGCAGUAUUGACAUGGUUUUCCCAGAUGUGGUUAGCAAAGGUGUGUCUUUAAAGGAAGGUGGAAAGGUGAGUUUAACUACUGAUUUACUUAGCACCAGUGACUUGAACAGCCCAGAUGAGAAUCUGGUAUUUAGCAUUACUAGAGCACCUAUGAGAGGCCACUUGGAGUGUACUGAUUCUCCAGGAUUGCCAAUCACAUCUUUCACUCAGCUCCAGUUAGCAGGAAAUAAGAUAUACUACAUUCACACAUCAGAUGAUGAAGUGAAGAUGGACAGCUUUGAGUUUGAAGUUACUGAUGGCUACAAUCCUAUUUUUCGUACUUUCAGAAUCUCUAUUGCUGAUGUGGACAACAAGAAGCCAGUGAUAACAGUGCAUGACCUAAUAGUGAGUGAAGGUGAGAAUAAGCUGAUCACACCUUUUGAACUGACUGUAGAGGACAGAGACACACCUGAUCCUUUGCUCAGGUUUAUUGUGACACAGCUGCCAGUCCAUGGACAGUUGAUAUUCAAUAAUACUAAGUCUGUGAUCUCUUUUACAAAACAAGAUCUAAAUGAAAAUCUAAUCAGCUACAAACAUGAUGGCUCUGAAUCAGUUGAAGACAGUUUUUCAUUCACUGUAACAGAUGGUACUCACACGGAUUUCUACAUUUUCCCUGACACUGUUUUUGAAACAAGAAAACCCCAGAUGAUGAAAAUUAGGAUAUUAAUAGUAGACAAUGGUGUGCCACAGAUUGUUGUGAAUAAAGGUGCUCCUACAUUACGUAUUCUGUCCACUGGACAUCUGGGGUUUAUUAUCACUAGCAAGGCUUUAAAAGCAGAGGACAGAGACAGUUCCCACAUUUCUCUAAAGUUCAGAAUCAUAGACGGUCCAACUCAUGGCUAUUUGGUCAACACUGGCAAAGGCAAUGCCACUAUCACUGAAUUCACCCAAGCUGAUAUUGAUGACAUGCACAUAUGCUAUAUUCUGAAAGAUGGAAACAAUGCCACAAGUGACAUUUUUCACUUUACAAUUCAAGACAAUGGAGGAAAUAAAUUAAAGAAUCAGCUUUUCCGACUCAACUGGGCAUGGAUAUCUCUGGAAAAGGAGUACUACCUUGUAGAUGAAACCUCAAAUGUUUUAGAAGUUGUACUCAAGCGCAGAGGAUACCUGGGAGAAACAUCCUUUGUCAGUAUAGGCACAAAGGAUGGUACGGCAGAGAAGGAUAAAGAUUUCAAAGGAAAAGCUCAGAAACAGGUGCAGUUUAAUCCAGGCCAAACCACAGCUACGUGGAAAGUGCGCAUUCUGACAGACAGUGAAUAUGAACAGUCUGAAACCUUCCAGAUCGAGCUUUCAGAGCCCGUGAUGGCUGUCCUAGAGUUCCCAGAGGUGGCUACUGUAGAGAUCGUUGACCCAAGUGAUGAAUCCACUGUCUACAUACCUCAGUCCAAGUACACCAUUGAAGAAGAUAUUGGAGAACUUCUUAUCCCAGUUCAAAGACAAGGAGACGUGAGCCAAGAGCUGAUGGUCAUCUGUUAUACCCAACAAGGAACUGCUACUGGCACCACUCCCACCAUGGUGCUUUCUUACUCCGAUUACAUUUCAAGGCCUGAGGAUCACACCAGCGUUCUACGCUUUGACAGAGAUGAGACUGAAACGUUUUGCCGCAUCCUUAUCAUCGACGACUCUCUCUAUGAAGUGGCUGAGACAUUUAAUGUCACUCUUAGUAUGCCCAUGGGUGGCAAAAUCGGCUUACAGUACCCUUCUACACAGGUUACCAUUUUACCUGAUGCAGAUGAUGAGCCAGCAUUUUACUUUGGAGAGACUGAGUACUAUGUUGAUGAGAGCACUGGUUAUGUUGAAGUAAGAGUAUGGAGAACAGGAACUGAUUUGUCUAAAACAGCCACAGUCACGGUUCGAUCCAGGAAAACUGAACCAGUGUCAGCAGAAGCUGGAGUUGAUUAUGUCGGCAUCAGUCGUAACCUGGAUUUUGCACCUGGGGUCAAUAUGCAGACAUUCAGGGUGACAAUCUUAGAUGAUCUUGGACAACCUGUUCUGGAGGGACCUGAAAAAUUUGAAUUAGUCUUGCGUAUGCCUAUGAAUGCUGUUCUUGGAGAGCCAAGCAAAGCCACUGUUUUCAUCAAUGACUCCUUCUCUGACUUGCCAAAGGUACAGUUCAAAGAGCCUGUAUAUGUAGGGGAUGAAAAUGAUGGGCGAAUUACUGCCAUGGUAUACAGGAGUGGCGAUAUCAGGUUCAGAUCUACAGUGCGUUGCUACACUCGUCAAGGCUCUGCUCAAGUCAUGAUGGACUUUGAAGAGAGGCCAAACACUGACAGUUCAAUCAUCACAUUCCUGCCUGGAGAAACUGAGAAGCCUUGUGUUCUUAUACUCAUGAAUGAUACAAUACAUGAGGAAGAUGAAGAGUUACGCUUGGUACUUGGUACUCCAAAAAGUGAGUCACCAUUUGGAGCAUCGAUUGGGGAACAGAAUGAGACCCUGAUAAAGAUUAAAGAUGAUGGCGACAAAGCCAUCAUUAAAUUUGGGGAAACAAAAUUUAGUGUCAGUGAGCCAAAAGAGCCAGGACAACUCAGACUUGUUAAAAUACCUAUUGUUCGACUCGGAGAUACCUCCAAAGUUUCUAUAGUAAGAGUCCAUACAAAAGAUGGUUCUGCAAAGUCCGGAGAAGAUUAUCAUCCUGUUUCAGAAGAAAUUGAAUUCCAAGAAGGUGAAACAAAGCACUUUGUGGAGGUUGAAGUCCUUUAUGAUGGCGUCAGAGAGAUGCGAGAAGCCUUCACUAUCCACCUGAGACCUGAUGAGAACAUGGUCGCUGAGACGCAGAUGAACAAAGCAAUAAUAUAUAUUGAGGAAAUGAACAGUAUGGCUGAUGUCACCUUCCCAGCUGUCCCACAAGUUGUCUCUCUUUUCAUCUAUGAUGACACUUUGAAAGCUAAAGAUAACCCCAGCCCAAUUUCUGGUUAUCCUGUUGUCUGUGUAACGGCUUGUAAUCCCAAAUAUGCAGAUUUUGACAAGACUGGCUCGAUCUGUGCUGCAGAGAGUAUAAAUGACACACUGACACAUUAUCGCUGGUUAGUCAGUGCACCUACAGGUCCUGAUGGAGUGACAAGCCCAGUGAGAGAAGUUGACUUCAACACUUUUUUCACGUCAUCGAAACUCAUCACGUUAGACUCUAUUUACUUCCAGGCUGGAUCAAGAGUGCAGUGUGCGGCUCGAGCCGUGAACACUAAUGGGGAUGAGGGCCUAGAACUUAGCAGCCCCAUCAUAACGAUCAGCAGAGAUGAUGGAAUGUGCCAGCCUCGUGUACCUGGGACAGUUGGUGCUGAACCAUUCUCUGCUAAGCUGCGAUACACUGGACCAGAAGAUCCAGACCAUCCAAAUUUAAUCAAACUGACUGUCACAUUACCUCAUAUAGAUGGCAUGCUUCCUGUCAUUUCCACAAGAGACCUCUCCAACUUUGAGCUGACACUUAGCCCUGAUGGAACUCGGGUUGGAAACCACAAGUGCUCCAACUUACUGGAUUUCAGUGAAGUGAAGACAAGGUAUGGCUUCCUGACCGAUGCCACCAAAAACCCAGAGGUGAUCGGAGAGACUGCCCCUUACCAGUACAGCUCAGCCCUCCGAGGUGCAGAGACCCUUCGCUUCUACAGAAACUUGAACUUGGAGGCCUGUCUCUGGGAGUUUGUUAGUUACUAUGAUAUGUCUGAGCUCCUCACAGACUGUGGAGGCACCAUUGGGACAGAUGGACAGGUGCUGAAUCUCGUGCAAUCCUACGUGACACUACGAGUUCCCCUGUAUAUGUCCUACGUUUUCCAUUCACCUGUGGGGCUUGGUGGCUGGCAACACUUUGAUCUGAAAUCUGAACUUAGGCUGACAUUUGUGUACGAUACUGCCAUCUUAUGGAAGGAUGGAAUUGGCAGCCCACCAGAGUCUGAGCUGCAGGGGGCACUCUAUCCAACCAGCAUGCGAAUAAAUGAAGAAGGGCGUUUGGUUGUCAAUUUCAGGACAGAGGCAAGAUUUCGUGGCUUGUUUGUCAUGACACAUCCCACAUCACUUCUGAGUUCCAUGAUAAUGUGUGCAGCCCAUCCUGGCCUAACAUUUUCCCUUACUCUGGUGAGGAGUGAGACAACCUACAACCAGCCAAUGCAGCAGUGGAGCUUUGUUUCAGAUUUUGCGGUGAGAGACUAUUCUGGGACAUAUACACUCAAGCUCAUUCCUUGCACAACAGCUCCACAUCAGGAGUACAGCAUUCCACUCGUCUGUAAUCCUCGAGAGCCAGUCACCUUUGAUCUUGAUAUCCGAUUUCAACAGGUCAGUGACCCUGUAGCUGCAGAGUUCAGCCUUAACACAGAGAUGUUUUUACUGUCUAAGAAGGCCCUUUGGCUGUCAGAUGGAUCAAUGGGGUUCGGGCAGGAGAGUGAUGUUACUUUCUCUGAAGGUGAUGUUAUUUAUGGACGUGUGAUGGUGGAUCCUGUACAGAACCUUGGGGACUCGUUUAUCUGUAACAUUGAGAAAGUUUUCUUGUGUACUGGAGCUGAUGGGUACGUGCCCAAAUAUAACCCACCUAACUAUGAAUAUGGAUGCCUUGCAGAUAUGCCAUCGCUGCUUUACAGGUUCAAGAUCCUGGAUAAAGCCCAACCUGAAACCCAAGCUAAGAACUUUGGAAAUGUCGUGUUCAAUGCUCGACUUGCAGCAGAUGAUCCUGAAGCUCUACCACUAGUCCGCCAACCUGGGGCUGAUGGCUUCCGAGUCGACUCUGCACCACUGUUUCAGGUAUCGUCUGGUCGAGAGUGGUACAUACACACGAUUUAUACUGUAAGAUCAAAGGAAAAUGCCAGCAGGGGAAUUGGCAAAAGGAGCCUGGAGUAUCAGUACCACUCUGUUGUACGGGGUGGCGAUACAGAGAGAGACAGGUCAUUUCGUCAGAAGAGAGAGGUCAAAGAUGCUCCUGCUAUUGCUAAGGACAUUGGCACUGAAAGUAACAGAGGUACAAACAUUCAGCACAUUGCUUUGGAUCGUGUAAAUAAGAAAGUGAUUCCUCAACAAGAAGAUUUUAUCAACGGAAUCAUCCCUAGAGAAGUCAACAGCAAAGAGUCAGAUAUCAGCAUGUUCACCAUUGUUGGUGUCCUUGCUGUCUUACUCCUUGGACUCUGUGUGAUAGUGGUGAUUGUUCUGCUGCUAAAGCGUAAACAAAAGUCAGAAAAGAAAGAGUCUCCCUCUGCAUGUACUGAACCUAUGAUGCCACAAAGUAACGGUGACAGCUCAGAGGUUUGAUUUCAAGAUACUGGUUUUCAGACUGACAUAAACUUGAAUUUACUCCUGCCAGCAGUAACUCAUUACAUGUCCUGAAAAAAAAUGUUUGUGGUUCCUGCAAUACUUGAAAACUCUUUAUUUUCAUGACUGGUUACCACAACAGACAUAAAGGUAUUCUCAGUCCUAGUUUCUUUUUUUGCACAGAAAACUGUCCAAAGUGGCCUUAUUUGUACUACUCCUUCAAGUGGCAAGUGCCUUGCUGGAUUACUACAAAAUUAUGUAAUGUGACUUCCACUGAUUCCACACAGUCAAAGAACAAUACCAUACCCAAAGGUGCUAAUGAAAGGCUUCUUUUUUUCUGUAUGGAUUAGAAAAGCUUACAUAAUUUAUUGUUGACAUACUUUGAGGUAUGAGUUUGCAGGUUUUCCUAAUGUGGAAGUUUUGCCCCAUUAUGUGAUAUUUGUGUAAGACAUGGCCACGUUUUGCCACAGAAUCAUGCAUUUUUUUACUGCCAAGUAAAUAGUGUUAUAAAAUCUAGCUGGCAUGAGAGGCGGUACGGUCUGUAUUUAAAGUGUGCACAAAAACAAGCUGAAAGGCAGCAAUCCUGCAGAGAUAUGGGGCAGCAUAACACAGCAAUGUUUAUAUUCAGGUGACAAAGUUCAACUAGAACUGAUAUUUCAUGGGAAUAUUACUACAGUGAUAACAUUAAAAGUGCUAGAAGUAACAUUUCAGAUUAAUGUCAAAAUAAUUUUAUUGUAAGAGUUGUAACAAGAAAUAAUUACAUACCUUUCAACUAAAGACCAUCCUUAAUUCGGGCAGGGGUUGCAAGGAACUAUAUCAAAAGGGUAUGCUGUCAAUAAUUCAUGGACGUUUUAGUGUAAUAUAAUUGAAACUGGUAUGGUUAUCAGUUUGAUUUCUGCUGAUGUAGUCUAAUCAGAGAUACACAAUCAGUGAUUUGUUAACACUUGGGAUCCUUCUCUGAAACAGAAUAUGUGUGUGUGUAACUUGUAUACAUACAUGAACUCUGCAAGGUACGGAUGUUGUAGGACAUGGACUUGGCCCAUCUGGUGUAGAAAAAUAAAGAUUUACAAUCAUGUGGUCACAUGUGUAAAGAAGGACAACCCUAUGGACGUCACUUGAUUUACCGCUAGCUUUGGCAGAACUGUCCACUCAGUCACUUUACCUUUUCUUUUUCUCUUUUCUUGUUCACAUUUAACCUAUCAGACACAACACUGCCCCUGUCAACAUGUUAAACUAUUGUACAGUGCUGCCGCUAUCCACAGUACUUACUCUGUUUACUACAUAUCUGUAUUAUUUACGCUGAAUUUCGUGCAAAAGGAAAUACAUUAUAGCUAACUCUGUGAAACAGUGUUACAGCACAACAUCUGGUUUACUUUAUUUCUUGUUUUGCAAAAGGUUACUUUAGAAAAAAAACCUCCUGUUCAUUCAGACACGUUUAAAUAAUUUCAUACGAUUUUUCAGAUACCUGGAAUUGAGUAUAAGUAAAUCUUAUUAACACGGAGACUUAACUUGCCAUAAACCUCUGCUUGCAAAUACUAGAAUUACUGCCCACUGAAUUAAUGUCCUUGACAAUAUUUUCACAGUUUUCUAUACUAAAUAUUUAAAUAGUGAUGCUCAACACUAGACUUUGUUUAGUUAAUCUGCAAAUAUUUUGAAAUGAAUUAUCAUGGCUAACUAUCGUGAUUUAACUGCCAAGCAUCCUGUUUACAUUAUGAUUGACUUAUAUAUUUGCUACACAAAACACUACAUUUCUGAGGUCAGUGAGUAACUUUUUGGUUUCAUUUUAAAGGGUGUGUGACAACCCAACACUAGACCAGUAAUCCAGGAGCCUCAAUCUUCACCACUGUCAACAGUGGGGGACCUACACUGGGAGGAUGACAAGUACAUACACAGUAUUUCCAGAUGCAGCUCUCUGCAUCAAUUGCAAUU